AGUUGGAGAAGAAUGAUGCGCCAGCAAGAAAAGCUAAAAGGCCCGCAACGAAAUGCAAAGAAAACUAAACAUAAACCACAAGAAUCCCAGUUACAUGACUCGCAUGACCAGUCUGACCAGAGUGAGGAUUCUGACGUAGACAGCAGUUCGGAUGGAAGUGAUGGAGAGGAAGAGCAAUCAAGUGAAUAUGAUGAAGAGGAAGAACAGACAAGUGAAGAUGUUGAAGAAGAGCAGACAAGUGAAAAUUAUGAAGAGGGAGAGCUUUCAAGUACAGAAUCUGAUGAUGAAGAAGAAGAGCUUUCAAGUAAAGAAUCUAAUGAUGAAGAGGAAGAGCAGUCGAGUGAAGGAAGCGAUUUUGAAGAGUACGAGCAUACAACUGAUGAAGAAGAAAACGAUCCCAGUAGUGAACAAGACAGCGAGUCUGAUGAGGAAGAUGAAGAAGGUAGCGAAAGUAGCGAAAGUAGCGAAAGUAGCGAAAGUAGCGAAAGUAGCGAGGGGAGCAGCAGGGAGCCAGAACAGCAAGGCCCUAAAGAGCAGCGCUCGAAGCAGAAUCCUAAGGAGUCCAGACGGAAGAAAGAUCUUGAUAACCAAACACAGCUGCAUAAACGCGAGCGCAAGAAGGCUCAAGGAGAGACUUCAUCUCCUGCAAAACCUGCAGAUAAGUUGGGGACAAACCUAAACAUUCCAAGACAAAAGGGAACACCACCACAAUCUACUAGACCAGCGAAGAAACCACAAACUUCAGGGACUGCCACAAAAAUUAGAGACGCUCCUGGGGAAAAAGGUAAAACCAAGCAUGCAGGGAAGCCUAAGCAAGAGAAGAUAACGAAAAGUCCGAAAUCUAAAGAACUUAAAAAGGCUGAAUCAAAAAUGGCGAGUGAGAGACAAAAGAGAAACCCAAAUACAUCCACUGAGAUAGAGCAUCGAACCAGAAAGACAAGAGACCCGAGAGCUUUCAGCAAAGAAGAUGGUGAUGAUAGCAACGACGAUUACCUGACUCCACAUAAAUCUGACAUCAGGAAAGAGGAAAGGCGAGAGCAAAGGACCAUCAACCGCGAAUAUGACCGGAAUCGAUGUAAACAAGACGUCGGUAUAAAAAAUACAGAAAAUCCAAGAACUGACCAAAAUGAACUGUACAAACAGCAGGACACCCGGCGCGGGGAAAGGAGGCCAGCCGGGCGAGGCAAGAGCACUCCUGAGAGGGACAGACAGGACAGAAGCAGAACCCCUCAGAGCAGCGGCCUGGCGUCGGAUCCGCUGCCCCGCCGCUGCCCGCCGGAGGCCAGGCGGAAGAGGACGAAGGACAUUUGGCUGAAUAGCGCCGGCCAAGUUUGCAGAGACCGAAAUACGGAGCGCAACUUCUCCCAUCUCGAGGGGCAGCCGAAAUCUAUUGCUCACAAGACGAAGAGAAAUUUGGAUAAAUGUGGAAAGGAGCUACACACAUAUGAUUUGGUAGAGAUCUUGGCACAUAAAGAAGACCUCAACAGCAACAUCUCGCAGGUGAAAAGAGAGUGGAAUGUAGGUCCCAAAGAUGUACAACGGGUAUUAAAAAACAACGCGGAUAUUUUCCACAUCAAGAGUGAUAGGUUUUGCCUUAAUCCUAAGUUGAAACUAUGCACUGCACAUUUGGGUAGCAAAGGGUGCAAGAAUAGGAAAGAUUGCAUCGAUAUGCACGUCUGUCAGAAUUUCCUUAAAGGGGUUUGCAGGUAUAAAAGCUGUGAUUUAGGCCACAACUUAAAUACAGGACAUAAUUUGAAAGUUCUUCAGCAAUUCUACCUUGACAGACUCAAGGAUGAUACUUUGCUAAGAGUGCUUUCCAAAAAUAUUCCAAAGAUUACCAGCAAUUCCCACAAAGGAAGUGCAGAUCAGGAAAUAAGAGACAGCUCUCCAGAUCAGAAGCCACUCGAGACCAGUGAAUCUGAUGCUACUCCUCCGAGUGGAGACGAUGAUGAGUCUGAUGCAGAUUGUUUAAGUGGAGGCAGAGUUAAGCAGAAGAAGCGUUCUCCAAACAAGAAGAAAACACAAAUCCAGAGUGUAUGGUCCUCAGAUUCUAAUGGAAACGUAGGGAUCCCAGAAAUCUGCUAUGAUUCGGUUGAAGGGACAUGUACAAGAUUAGAUAUAGAUUGCGAGAGACUUCAUUCAUUUCAGCAUUUUUACUGGCAGAUUAGCAAAGACAAGAGCAAAUGGUUCAACCUACAUCCUCAGCUUGUAUGUUGUUUAGAAAAGUCCUACUGCGAUGUCUCUAAAGAUGGUGUUACUCUACCUAAGCUGAAAAAAACUGAUCUUCAAUCAGCUCAUACAGACGCUGUGAAAAUCCUUUCCCGCGAUGAAUGGACAUCAGACUUUCAAUCAAUGACUCUUGUGAAUUCCACUCACAAAGUUCAUGUCCAUCUCCGCAGGCUGUGCUCACAGAAGACAGACAGUACAAGCGUGAAAGCAAAUACUUUCCGCUGGUAUUUCAGGGACGAUAACGAGAAGUGGGUUCCCUUUGAUAACAGUGAAGAAAAAAGACAGCACAUAACAUUUUUUUCAGAAGACAUCGAAAAACACUACUUGGCUAAACCUAGCACCCCUUUCAAUGUCAAAAAACAAAGGUUCAACUACGUCCUUGACGUUCAGAGGUUGUUCCAAAUAAAUGCAACCACCAAAAAGAGGCGUGAAAUAAGGAGGCGUCCUCUAGAACAUCUACACGAUACUUCACAUCGAUCUUUGUCCCCAGUAGAUAUUCUAAAUCAAUCUUUGUUACCAAGAGAUUGGGUAGAUAUGCAACCCAAGGAACGCAUGCGCCUUGUGGAUUUAGACCCAAAAUCUAAAGAGUAUGGAAAUGUCAUUACCCUCUUGAAAGACGACACUUACAAGGCUAAAGUAAAAAAAAUUCAGCGACAUCAAAAUCCAUACUUAUGGAAGGCUUUUCAAAAUAAGAAAGAGGAAAUGAUCAGGCAGUAUGGAGAUGAAGCCAGUGUGAAAAUGACAGACCUGUUUCAUGGCACUAAGCCUGACAGCGUGAGCGCUAUCUGCAAAGAAAACUUUGACUUCCGACUGCAUGGCGAAACUACAGGGCACAUCUGGGGAAAAGGUUCAUAUUUUGGCAAUGAUAUUGCCUAUUGCUACCUUUAUUGUAGGCCUGACUCAAACGGAUUGAGAUACUUAUUCGUUGCUAAGGUUCUAGUAGGAGCCGUAGCACUUGGUGAUAAAGAAUUAAUAAGGCCUCCUUUGAACGCAGCAACAGGUGAUCUCUUUGACACAACUGUGGAUAAUGAGACACAACCAACCAUAUUUGUAAAGUAUGAUAAGCAGGAAUACUAUCCACAUUAUAUUAUAACAAUGGCAUAGAUUACUGCAUUUGUUAAAAUUUGUACAGACAGUAUAAGAUUACAUAGUUAUCCAAAUGUGCAUUGCAGACAAGAUAAUGGAAUAUAAACGCCUGACAAAAAUUACAGAAAGGGUAAUAAAGAUAAUGAAAUUAUAUUUGUUUGCAUAUCUGCAUCUAUCUGUCUGUAUAUGUAUAGAUAUACAUACUGAGUAUUUAUUAAUUUAUAUAUAGGCUGAAACAAUGACA